GUAGCGAAUCUGUUGUCUGUUUCUUUAGGUGAGCAAUGGCUCUAAACAGUGGUACCACAGAGUUAAAGAAGAGAAGUAAUGGAAAAAAUGAUCUGUUGUUGCCCAAAAAUGGAAAGAAGAAUGGAUAUUCAACAGAAGAAAGAGUUACUGAAAGAAAGGAACAUCCGCCAAACAAUUUGGAUCGACUGUCCAGAGAAUCAUUUGAAGAAGUCCCACUUUAUACAGCUGUUAUGACAUACAUUGGAUUUUAUAUGUUAAUUUUCCUCGGUUACCUCAAUGAGUUAUUUUUCACCCCUAAAGUAGCACAAGAGACAAAUAGAGAGGGUUACGUGCCUUUAUACGACAAUUUUGAGAAAUUCUACUUGCGUUACGUGUUCAGAAGAGUUAGAGACUGUUGGAAUAUACCAAUAUGUUCUGUACCAGGAGCGGAGGUAGUACUCAAGGACAGAGUGACACACGAUUACGGUUGGAGUUUUCAGUUCACAGGCACGAAGACAAAGUGUCUUAAUCUGGCCUCGUAUAAUUACCUCGGCUUUGCGGAAGCCACGGGUCCAUGUGCAGAAUCAGCAAAACUGGCUGUGAAGAAAUAUGGAGUCGCACUCUGUAGCCCACGUCAUGAACUAGGUACCAACGAGCAACACGUAGAGCUGGAGAAGCUCACAGCCCGAUUCCUUGGCGUGGAGGAUGCCAUCGUGUUUGGAAUGGGGUUCGCCACAAACUCGCUCAACAUCCCCACCUUGCUGAGUCCUGGGUGCUUUGUACUCAGUGACGAGAAGAACCACGCUAGUCUCAUCUUGGGCUUGCGAUUGUCGGGUGCAACGAUCAAAGUCUUUAAACACAACAACAUGGCCAGCUUGGAGAAACAUCUUCGAGACGCUGUUAUUUAUGGCCAACCCCGCACAAGACGACCCUGGAAGAAGAUUCUCAUCAUCGUUGAAGGUAUCUUCAGCAUGGAAGGCUCUAUCGUACACCUGCCAGAAUUAAUCAGGCUGAAGAAAAAAUACAAGGCCUACCUCUACCUGGACGAGGCUCACAGUAUCGGGGCCCUGGGAGACCGAGGGAGAGGUGUAGUCGAUUACUUCGGCUGUGACCCCCGAGACAUCGACAUCAUGAUGGGGACAUUCACCAAGUCGUUUGGCUCUGCAGGAGGCUACAUAGCUGGCUCAAAGAAACUGAUAGACUUCCUGCGGGUGAACAGCCAUGCAGCCUGCUACGCCUCAGCUAUGUCACCUCCCGUUGCCCAACAGAUCAUCACCAGCAUGCGCAUCAUCAUGGGGGAGGAUGGCUCCAGCGAUGGAGUGAGGAGGAUCGCCCAGCUUGCACGCAACACGAGGUACGUGCGGCGGAGACUUCACCAGAUGGGGCUCAUUGUCUACGGAAACGACAACUCGCCUGUGGUUCCUGUUCUAGUCUAUAUGUUCUCCAAAAUUGGAGCUGUUGUUAGAACACUGAAGCAGAAGCAGCUGGCAGUGGUGGGAGUGGGGUUCCCUGCCACCCCCCUCAUGGAAGGCAGGAUACGGAUAUGUCUUUCUGCUGCUCAUACCAAAGAACAACUGGAUAAUGCGUUAAUGUUCCUAGAAGAGGUAGCGGACAGCCUCGGUCUACGGUAUUCACAGAAGCCUCGCUCCCCCCUGCCUGUCGUCUAUGGCUCGGAGGACGAAAUCGAAUAAUUGUCACUUUCUGCUUUGAACUGUCAGAACCACUCUUCUACCAUUCCCUCACUCCAAUUCACUGCUCUGCUUCAUUUAUAUCAGCAAUAAAAUGUAUUUUUUACAGAUGA